AUGAGCAGCCUCACCGGUGCCUCUAGAGGGGAUCGCGAUCAUAAUACGACUUCUUCGUCCCCCGAUGACGCUGUGUCAAACACGGGCUCCGGCGACAAUGUCGAUUUAUCCACGAGCGAAUACGCCGUUCGUCGGCGUGAGCUCAUGGGCCUGAUCAACGACCUGCGGAACAUGGGAGCCGGUGGCCUCGAUAUUCACCUUCCUUCCAUCGCUGUUAUAGGCGCUCAGUCAGCUGGGAAGAGUUCGCUUGUUGAGGCAGUUAGCGGGAUUAAUGUUCCUCGCGAUAGCGGGACUUGUACUAGGUGUCCGAUGGAGUGCACUAUGUCGAGCGAAGCGACGGAGUGGUCAUGUACAAUCAGUCUGCGAUAUGACUACCACGCCGAUGGCACACCUCAGGAUCGGCCUAUCGUCACACAGUUCGGCAGCCCAAUCACGAGCCGGAGUGAAGUCGAUAUCUGGCUUCGCCGAGCCCAGACCGCGAUUCUCAACCAAUCCGUCUCGCAUGAGCAGUUCUACAGCAGAAGCUACGAGGAACUUAGGGCAUGGACACAUCCGCGCAUGCUCAAGUUUUCCAAAAACGCCAUAUGUGUGCUCAUCAAGGACCCAGAGGCUACCGAUCUUUCGUUCAUCGACCUUCCCGGGCUUGUUCAAAAUGAGGACGCCGAAGUCAUUGAUUUGGUUCGCGGUUUGGUUGAACAUUACGUCGGCAAGGAUCAGACUAUUAUCCUGACAACUAUACCUAUGACUGACGACUUAGAGAACCAAGGCUCAGCCCAGCUCGCGCGGGAAGCUGACCCGGAUGGAGACCGGACCAUUGGUAUCUUAACUAAGCCAGACAUGCUGGGGAGCGGAGCCAUCGGUCAGCUGCGCAGGUGGCGAGACAUACUCGAGGGAAGGGGCGAGAAUCGUCGCCUGCGCCUCGGCUAUUAUUGCAUGCGAUUCUCAGAUGAUGCUGAGCGAUCCCAGAACCUCUCUAGAUCGGAGAGCCAGAGGAGAGCUACCGAGUUCUUUGAGACUACCGCACCUUGGAGCCAGGUCACCGACAGAAGACGCUUUGGCGUGCCGAACUUUGUGGCCGACGUUAGCAAGUUGCUGAUGAAGCUCAUUCAGGACUCACUCCCUUACAUCAGACAACAAGUCGAUGAGCUUAUUGCGUCGACAAAGGAGGAAAUGGAUCUACUUCCCAAGCCUCCGAGCCUUGAUGCACGCGUUGAAGUCCUGAGCCGGAUUAACAACUUCUGCGAAUCAUUCAAAGAAGCCGUGUCCGGAACUAACGCCUACAAGGACCUCGCUCAGCGCAACAGGGCGGCGUACACAAUCUUCAAGCGCUCGAUACGAGGCACCGCGCCGGACUUCCGUCCUUUCGAGCGUCCGUAUGAGUACACUGACCCCAUCAACAUCCCGGAGCUCAGAGAGGACAUUACCUGGCCGAUCGACCCUCGGGUCUCGCCUAUGGCUCUCUAUGAUGUCCGAAAAGUAGUUAAAGCGUCGCUCGCCUGGGAACUUCCUGGGGAUGUGCCUUUCGAGGCAAAAGCCCAGCUUAUCAAGGAGUUCGUCGCGCUCUGGGAGGUACACGUCAACACAUGUUUUACAUCUGUCUGCGACAUACUGCAGGAUGUUGUGGAAGAAUUUGUCGACACCCAUUUCAGUCAAUUCAGGAGGUUUGAAGAGCAUAUGCUGAGACAUGUUGAUGACGGCCUCCGCACUUGCGUCACUGAGGCCGGCCAGGCAGUCAAGGCCGCAUUAUCGCUAGAGAUGUCGCCCCACUUUACGCAGGAUACGCUGACUUAUAACACUCUACGCCGUGUAUUGCUUUCCCAUUACAGGAGCCAGUACACGCACUCGAAUAGGUGGCCGCGGCAGAUGGCCGCAUCUCCGGUGUUCGACAGCGACACGCCAGCGUUCGUGACACCUGUGGCACCUGAUCCGGAUGAUCCGUUGGUCACUGUUAAGGAUAACGAACUGGGUGUGAUGGCGGAUGUCCGAGCCUACUUCCAAGUAGCGUACAAGCGCGUCGUCGACCAUAUCCCCUUGACUAUAGAGCACGCACUGCACCACGCUCUAUCUACUCGCCUUUCGAGUAGCUUGCUCUCGAGUGUCGUGGAUGUGUCGAACUUUACGGAGCUGGCUGAACGACUUGUCAGCGAAGAUCCAGGAAUUGCCACCCGACGUGCUGCUCUUCAAAUCAAAAUGAGGCGGCUUGUAGAGAUCAAAGACAGACUCAGAGCUAUUGCGUAUUGA